GUGUUGCAGGAUGUUGUGCCAAAACAACUACUGCGCCGCUGGAUCGAGUAAAGAUUUUGCUGCAGGCUCACAACCACCAUUACCAGCACCUAGGAGUGUUUUCUACAUUGUGUGCUGUCCCCAAAAAGGAAGGUUACCUUGGGCUGUAUAAAGGAAAUGGGGCAAUGAUGAUUAGAAUCUUUCCGUACGGCGCUAUUCAGUUUAUGGCAUUUGACCAAUACAAAAAGGUAAUAAAGAAACAACUUGGGAUUUCGGGGCAUGUACAUCGAUUGAUGGCUGGAUCCAUGGCAGGUAUUACAGCAGUGAUUUGUACUUACCCUCUUGAUAUGGUUAGAGUUCGCCUGGCGUUCCAAGUAAAGGGGGAACACAAGUACAUGGGAAUUAUCCAUGCAUUCAAGAUGAUUUACACAAAGGAAGGUGGUUUUAGUGGGUUCUACAGAGGGCUGAUGCCAACUGUUGUAGGAAUGGCUCCGUAUGCAGGUUUUUCAUUUUUUACCUUUGGUACCUUAAAGAGCAUUGGACUUGCUCAAGCACCUAACUUGCUUGGACGGCCUUCAUUAGAUAACCCUGAUGUCUUAGUUUUGAAAACACAUGUAAAUCUGCUGUGUGGUGGCAUAGCUGGAGCAAUAGCUCAGACGAUAUCAUAUCCCCUCGAUGUAACUCGUAGGCGAAUGCAGUUAGGAGCAGUUCUCCCAGACUCUGAAAAGUGCCUUACGAUGGUGCAGACACUGAAGUAUGUGUAUCGACAGCACGGCGUAAGAAGAGGAUUGUACCGUGGUUUAUCUCUGAAUUACAUUCGUUGCAUACCUUCCCAGGCUGUGGCUUUUACCACAUAUGAACUUAUGAAACAAUUCUUGCACCUCAACUGAUGCUUUUCUUUAGAAGACUUUUCUGUAAAAUUACACGAUCAGCCCUCAGAUUAUAUUGAUGAGCAAAUUACUUAAAGUUUAAAAAGACCUAUCUGUUAUCAUAGACCUGGUGUUAUCUGACAUCCUUAUUUGCCAAAAUGCAGUUAAUUUCCUGGACUUGCACAAAGUGACAGAUGAAAAUAAACAUUAGCUAGUUCUGACCACUUACUUUGCACUUGGUCUUCUAGGCUUCGUGAAGUGAAUGUUAAGAAUUACAGUUUGAAAAUGACACCCACGUUUUACAUGGGGUCCAAGCAGUUAUUUAGCUUUAUCACCAUUCCAGGAGUUACACACUGCUGGUAAUGUUGCUUUUUAACCUACUAGUUAGGCAUCUGUUGCUUUUUAA